UCGACUUGAAACAAGACGUGUGCACUUGUAUUUCUACAUCACAGCAAGUAUUAUUAAGAAUCAUUAUUUUAUUUUAUUUUGAUAAAUUUAUUUUGCAAAGGAAUUUUUGCAAUAAAUUUGAACUUGGGCGAACUUGGGCAGAGACUGUUUUUUGUGAAACUCUGCAAAGAAAGGCAGGAAGUGAAGUUUAAAGAUCAUCGUGAGUGAUUUUAUACAAGUCCCAAAAAGGAGACAUGUUUUAAUGAAAAUAAAAUAGAUGAAUGAAAAUAAAUUUAAUAUUUUUUUAACUUUAAAACUGAUCAAAGUUAUAAGUAAUUCAUUCAUUCAUUUGGAAUUUGGAAUUAAAUUUGAGCUAAACAAAAGAAUUUAUGAAAUAGUACACCUAUUUAAAUAAUGAAUUCUAAUUAUUUUAAAAUAUAAUUUAGUAAGUUGUAAUUGAUUGAAAAUUGUGAUGAACCGUGAAUCUAUUUGGUUGGUCGCGCUCUGCUCUUUUUUCGCUCCAACCUCUUCCAAGUUGAGUAAAGAAGAGUGGAAUGAAGCUAGAAAGAAAAUCAACAUAACCGACUGCUGGAAUUAUGAGAGAAACUUUUACUUUCAAGCUCCAGUUUUCAGUUUAACUGAUGGAGAAAAUCUGAGUUUCAAAGAUUGCGGCCGUUGGGAAUUAAACGAGGAAAGUCAAACACCUCCGUGGCAUGUUUACUUCAAAUUUUACAAUGCUUUUCAUGGAUGGGGUGUUCUCCUGUCGGACCAGACGUUCAUCAUGAACUAUGAAUCGGAGGCUCUGUUCAACAGUUUCAAAAAUGGAGUGGAUAUUAAAUUAUUCGGAGGCGAUUGUGUUGAUGAAGAUGAUGACGAGACAUGCUUGAAGAAACGAGGUUUGCUCACCCAGAAGCUACUUGGUGGGAAAAAAGUGGAAGUGAGGCAUGGCACGUAUUUCUCAAAAACCAUCACCGUUUGGCGAAUCGAGAAAGUGAAAUUAACACAGAGUUUGAAGCCAGUCUGUUUAUGGAACCGCGACAACCAAAAUGACGAUGACCAAAUCAUUUUUAAUUUCGACGGACAGGCGAGAGGACCAAUGUUUAAAAAGGCAGAUUUUGUACCGGAGGAAAGGUGUUACCGGAGAAAACAAAUUGAUAAGUGGGAGUGCGACCUGUAUGGCAAAUCGAUUUGCUCCGCAUCGCUAAUCAAAAAAGUUGACUGGCCCUCGUAUUUGUUCAUCGAGCGUGAGGGUCGCUUUUAUUUGCGUGCGGUGGGUCCUUCCAUCUUCUAUGAACCGGUCAAGUGGCUCGACCUUUUGCCCGCAACAAGCCAAAUCGUCUCGGCGUCCGUCGACCUCGCUUUGAUGCCCGAAAUCCCCAGACUCAAAACCAGAACAGCUUUUGGUCCCGAUCAGAGUUUUCCCGAGUGUGGAAUUAAAGCGAAGUUAGAUGACUAUGAAUACUAUGAUUUAUUAGAAGAUGAUUCAGCUUUCGAACGGCGAAUUGCGGUGCCAGGCGAACACCCGUGGCAUGUUAGUUUGUCCCGACGCUCUGGCAAACAACGUUCGGUGGAUUUCUGUGUAGCAACCCUCAUUUCCAGAAAGGUCGUCAUCACAGCGGCACAUUGUUUUUUCGGCGAAAAUGGAUUUCGUUUCAGAGCAAGAGACGUGGAAGUGUCUUUCGGAAUGCACAACCGCUCGUCAGCGGCGCGCGUUGGUGUGCAGCAGGAGUUGCAGGCUUACAGAGUUUUGGUGCACCCUGGCUACAACCACAGUAGGGGCGACUUCAAAGAUAAUAUUGCCCUGGUCAUCUUGAACGACGAAGUUCAGCUCAGUGAUGACGUGCGGCCCAUUUGUUUGUGGAACUGGAAUUACGGUCUGCGCAAAAUUGUCAACAGGAUGGGCACGGUGGUCGGCUGGGGAUUAAAUUCAGACGCGGUGAAGUCAGAUAUUCUUCAAGAGUCGAAUUUGAAAGUGAUUUCUUACGAGGAUUGUUACGAGAGCAGGCGCCGCUUCUUCUCUCUCAACUUGCGACCAAGAGAAAACUUUUGCGCUGGAUUUCCCGACAGUCAAAGAGGGGCGUGCAUCGGAGACGGUGGUGGCGGAUUUUCUCUGUUCAACGAAAAGUUCCAACGCCACUUUCUGCGCGGCAUCCUUGGUGUGGGGCCAACGAAAAAGGUGACCAGAGCUAAUGGAAACGUAGUCAAGGUGUGCAACCCUAAGCUGUACUCGUUGUUCACCGACGUCACGAACUACUUGCCUUGGAUCGUCAAAUACACGCCUGAUAUAAAUCCUUUGAAUGUUUGAUUUUGUAAAACAGAUUGCCAUAAAGUUGACAUUUAUUCCUCAGAUGCGCUUAAAACAAAACAAUUUAUUAAAUUAAUUCAAUAAUUUUAUCUAUACGUACUAAUAAUAAAAUUUAAAUAAAUUAUUAAUUAGACUUAUUUAGAGUGAAUAAACAAAAAAUCGCUAAAAAAUAUAAAUGAUUUGUAUAUAUAUUCUUACUCAUUUAGCGGCACAAUUUGCACUAGAUUUUUAUCUUGCACAGAAACACAAAUAAUUUAAGUUGGAAUUGGAAUGUUGAAUCUAAAAUAUCAUCUUGUCCUUUUAAUUAAAUGGUAAAUAAAGCCCACAUUUGCACGAGUUUAAUCUUAAAAAAUGAUUUCUAGCUAUUGAGAGUGUUACAAACGCUCAAAAAGAAUCUCAGAAAUAAUUAUACUAUAAGGAACUAGAAUAAAGCGUUUCAUUGAAAUAAAAAGAAGCUUUUGUUCUAUUACAAUAUUCCGCAAUAUUCAGAUACAGGCUUUAAAUAUCUCGCUAGUCACUUGUCUGCAAACUAAUAUCAUAAAAAGAGGUGAAAAUUAAAACCAUAAUUUGUAACUAACAAUAAGAGAAAUAAAAAUGCAUCUAUUUUUCAGUGAACAUGUAGAGACAAUAUUUUUUAAUUGUAUUUUUUUCAUGUAAUAAUGCAUUAAUAAACCUGAUUUGGAACUAAUAAUAGACAAUUUUUAUUAAUGGUGAAGAAUUAA